AUUUCGAGCAUUUUUCUCUCUCGUCUCUAGAACCCUCCUGAGCAGUUGUGACUCUUGGGUAUAUUUUUAUACCCAAAAGGUAAAUUUUUACGGGUAUGGGUACCCAUUCACUGAUUUUGGGUGGGUAUGGGUGUUUUAAAAAAAUACCCAUAAAAAAAGGGGUGGGUAUUCGUAUUACCCGUGGGUACCUAUAUUUGACCCAAUACCCAGAGUUUUUAGUUUUUGAAAAUCAAAUCCGGGCUACUCUCUCUCCCUCUCUUUAAAAACCAAAUCCGACGAAGACUCCGAUCGCUACAGUUGCCUCAAGGCUCUUAAGCACUUGGCGUCCGACUGAUAACAGUAGCAAUUUCAGUGACGAUUUCGAGUCUCUUCCGAUCUGACACCGGAUGACCACCAUGCCUUCCGAUUUGUUCUUGUUGGAUCUCGGAUUCGGGUUUGGCUCCGACGAACAAGCUCACAUUGAUUGGUAUUAAAGAAGUGAUUAUAGAUAAGAUGUGAAAUAGCUGGUUCUGUACAUGGAUUGUAAAGUGAAGGUGAAGGUGACGAUCAAGGUAAGAGAGAAAGAUCAAGGUGAGGGUGAUGAUCAAAACCUCCCUUGAGUUUGAUAAAUUGUAUGGGGUUUUGAGAUUGGGGAGUAGGAGAAAGGUGGAGCCGCCGUUGCCGUUGGAUAGAAGUUCGUCUGGAAAAGAAGGAUCAUGGCAUGAAAGGAUUUUCGUGCAAAUUAAAUUUCUGUGGGUAAUACCCAAUGGGUAGAAAUGCCAACUUUACAAUCAGCAGAGCUUGGCCAUAGGUCUUGAAGCCAAUUACCUUACCGUUCAUGGUACUGAAAGGAAAACUUGUUGGUGUUAUGGAGGAGUCUGAAGGUCGAUUGCUGCUGAGAUCGACAUAGGUCUGAUAAUACCCAUUUCAGCAAGGUCUACUUGAUGGCUUUUCAGACAUCUUGAUUUAUCCAAGCAUGAACUUUGAGCAUCCCAGUUCGAGUGAUUGCCGAUACACAGAGGUCCAAUCUGCUGAUCAGGACUUAACUGAACCACAACAGGAAGAGAGGGUCAGUUAUGGGGAAAAGCCGUGUUGGGAAAAGUUUUGCAGAAUUGACUGCGGAUGAUGUAGAAGGAAGAGAAUUCACCACUCUGGAUGAUGCCGAAAAUUGGUAUAGAAUGUAUGCAACUGCACUUGGUUUUAUUGCAAGAUUGCAGAGGGUUACUAGAGGGAUUGGAGGCAGGAUAACGAGGCGAAGAUUGGUUUGUAAUAAAGAAGGUAAAAGAGAAGCAAAGUGGCUGCAAAAAGAGGACCGUGUUCGUAAUGCUAAGCAAGAGACCCGAUGCAACUGCCUAGCAGCAUGCUGUAUCCAUUUCAAUAAGAAUAGUCAAACAUACAUUAUCACUGAAUUCAAAACCGAACACAAUCACGAUCUUGCCAUGCAUUCCAAUGGUUCGGUUACUAAUGCAGACAUGGACACUUCGGUGCAAGGCACACUUGUUCAGUCAGCACCUCUAGGGCAGAUGACUACAUGGUGAAAAGCAAUGGGGGGUUUGAGUUUGUGGGAGACACUGAGAAGGAUCUUUUCAACAAGAUAGAGGCAGAGCCAAGGGCCAAAUUGUUUAAUCAGGGGGAAGAAACUGCACCAAUAGUGGAGGUUAGUGCCGACACAGCGUCAACAUUACUUCAGCAGAUUGCUGGUCUGACAUCAAUAGCAACAGAGCAGUCGCUAAAGGCGCGUGACGAGAUUUUGCGCCUGAAGAGGGACAGUGAGCUGGCACUCAAGACAAAGGAAGCUGAAGCUGCGGUGCUGAAGGGGGAAUUAGCUGAGUGUCGGCGAGAGUUGGAAUUGGUGAAGUCGGCAGAUAAAUAUAGGUACAGAACCAUCGAAGAGGUUGGCGGGAAUUCUAAAAAGCAGUGAUUUAAAUCCAUUCGUGCAGAUUACAGAGGAUAACUACAAUAGGGGUCAAUCUCCAGAGGGUGGUGCUGAUAUUCAACUUUGAUGCUCACUGGGUGGGUGGAAAAGUGGCUUUGCCCCAGACAAAGAUAUGGAAUUUGAUUCAAGUAAGCGUAAGAGGCGAUAACGACUUGCAAACAGACAAUAUUACCGAUAAUGACGAGGUUGGCUUCCGAGCAAAGUUAACUAGUUGGGUGUGGUGCUGUGGAAGGAUGGCCUGCCGGACCCAGUAGAAAUUGAGGGAAGGGCAAAUACUUGGAAGGCAAAAACUGGCUAGACCGUCUGUUCCCUUGUCUUGUGUCCUAAACUUAAAUUGUAAUGCUUGCAGAUACUUCUACUCUUGGACUAACAGGAUGAGGGGCCUUAAUACCUUAUCAACCUGUUUAAUUCAAUGGUAACCUUGUACUUAUUCAUACACCUUGCAAAGACUAUAUCAGUUGAAAUCUGUUACUGGUUUGGCUCA